CAGCGAACUGGAUUUACACGGCAUAAGGAAGCCGUGUACAACUUCGCCACUUUUUGUAUCACCAAGAAGUCACUUACAGGGGUGCUGGCAUUAUUUCGAGAUACCCCAACGGUACACUGCAAAAGGACGAUGGCGACUGUGAUGUAUGGUAGAACCAGGCUGGCGACUUACCUCCCUGGGCUUAAUGCUCUGGUGCAGCAUAUUGCCAGCACCGUGGGCUUCUCUACUAUUGGAUCUUACAGCUCUGGUGAUCCCCAUGGAGCACUCGCUACUUCCAAAAAUGGACCACUUAGAUUGCAGCAUGAUGAGACCAUGGGCCCGUUUAAUGUCAAAGACCAACUCUACUUUAUGCCUGGUAAUGUAGGAUUUGAAUGUCAAUUGCCGGCGUCAGAUCAAAAGAUGAGACUGACAAAAAAGAUGGUCCCUGAACUGCUGCAUACCCCAUCAAGUCCUGAGAGAUGUAUUUCUGGACUACUUAUCAAAGAACUUGAUGACGCAGCCACGACUCACAAUACCAGUCAAGCAAACCAGGAUUUUGACAACUCAUCUGUGGAGUGUGUCAUGCAGUCAUGCCCUGAAAAAUUAAAACAAGAUCUCCAAGACCUGUUUCCCGAGGCUCCAAGCUCUCACGUGACAGUAGUCACGGUGACUCAAAAGACAAAGAAUGAGAUGACCGCAUGGUGUUCUGCUGUGGAAGAAGAGCGAGAUCACAUGCUUGACAAGUUUGUAGAUGGAGCCAAGGAGAUCUGCUUCAUUCUGCAAAGAGAAGGAUUCUGGGCAGACUUCAUAGAUCCGUCUUCAGGCCUGGCGUUUUUUGGACCUUACACAAACAACACAUUGUUCGAGACAGACGACAGGUACCGUCUUCUCGGCUUUCAGAUUGAAGAUUUGGGUUGCUGUCGAGUUAUUCGACAUCCUUUGUGGGGGGCACAUGCCUUUGUAGGAACAAUAUUUACCAAUGCACCACCCAGCCGCCUUACCAUGAAGGAUUUCCAGGGCUUUUAAACAAAAAGCUAAAUGCUUUCAUGCAGUCAAAAUGUCCUUGGAUAUAUAUCUAUCUAUAGUCUGUGUGUUGAAAGGAAUAUUUGGUGGACCAUAUGGAAUGCAUAUGUGAAAACUACAAAAAGCCUAUAUAUUACUUUUUCAUAAUAAAAUCUCAAACUAAAA